AAAAGAAGAAUUAUACCUCAGGUUCCCGGAAGGCUGUGGUAGCAUGUCCGGUAAGGUGGUCAAGGUUGAGCGUGCCCUGUAUGGCCUAAAGCAGAGUGGCCGUGAGUGGGGGUUUGAAGCUGCCGAUGCCCUCAUCGAGAAUGGAUACGAGCAGUGCAGGGUUGACCCGUGUGUCUUCCGGAAGGUGGUUGAUAGAGAGGUCGUAGGUCUCAUCGUGAUCUACGUCGACGACAUCUUCGUGGCGGCAGACGAGGGAGAGCGAGAGGUGCUGUUCGCUUCCCUCAACAAGAAGUUUCCGGUGAAAGAUCUGGGGGAGUGUACCUGGUACGACGGGUGUGCUAUCGCCAUGGAUGUAGAAAAUGGCAUUACCAAGCUGUCCCAGACAGCAUACAUUGAGAGUAUGCUGAAGCGGUUUGAUGUGACCACGACCGCUUUCACCCCUGCUGCUACCGAUGCCGACCUAGGGCCGAAGAGAGAUGACGAGCCCGCGGUGGAUAAGCCUGUGAGGGAGGCGAUCGGAUGCCUGAUGUGGACGAAGCUGACGAGGCCAGACAUCGCCCUGCUUCUGAACAAGCUCCAGAAGAUCGCCCACUCACCCACCUGGAGGAUAUGGAACGCGCUUGUGCGGAUAAUGUCCUACCUGAACUUCACGAAGGACUUCGGCAUCACCUACGUACGGGNUUUUGUGACCACGGCCGCUUUCACCCCUGCUGCCACCGAUGCCGACCUAGGACCGAAGAGAGAUGACGAGCCCGCGGUGGAUAAACCUGUGAGGGAGGCGAUCGGAUGCCUGAUGUGGACGAAGCUGACGAGGCCAGACAUCGCCCUGCUUCUGAACAAGCUCCAGAAGAUCGCCCACUCACCCACCUGGAGGAUAUGGAACGCGCUUGUGCGGAUAAUGUCCUACCUGAACUUCACGAAGGACUUCGGCAUCACCUACGUACGGGGGUCAGGACUAGACCUAAGCGUCUUUGUCGAUGCCAGCUACGCUGACAACGAAGUAGACAGGCGUUCUACGACCGGGCUAGCUAUGACCGUAGGUGGUACCGUAGUGUGUGCAUCCACCAAGACGCAGCCAGCGUUGGCUCAGUCGACCUCGGAAGCAGAGUGUAUGGCAGCCGGGGAGGGCGUGAAGGAGGCGUUGUUUGUGCGUGGCGUUCUGUCGUUCAUAGCGCCCGAGACGAGUGGGACGAAGAUCAAGGCCCUUGAGGACAACAAGGGGGCUCUCGCCUUAAUCGACAACCCGUCCAGCUCAGCGAGGAGCAACCCCAUCGACGUGCGGUUCCAUUUCAUUCGCGAGCUAUUCAAGUCGGGCAAGAUCACUGCAGAGUAUGUUCCGACUGGAGAGCAGCACGCCGACAUGCUAACCAAGGUCCUUGGCAGAGAGAAGUUAGAGUACCACCGGAAGGCUCUGAUGAACCUACCGAUGUAG